UUGUUUGAAAAAGAGGGGGAAAAAAAUGAGGCAUAAGGAGCCAAGUGCUCAUAUUCGGGCCAAGUUACGAGCCUCUGAGAACAAGAGCUUGAGGGGAGGACUGUUAACCCUCUUCUCUCGGGCAGAAUGAGCUCUUUCCCCGUGGGUCUGUGCUGCCUGUAAAGCUCAACGCGCCCUCGCCCUUGGAGUGAGAGGCUAGCCCACUGCAGAACUGCAGAAAUCUGCAACAAAAACCGUAACAGCCUGAAACACAUCCCAGUGCCAACCUCCAAAUUCGUCUGACACCUCAGACCCUGACUAGUUGACAGAGCAGCAGAAUUCCAACUCCAAUAGACCUGAAUGUGUUUCUAGGCAAAGAAGCAGAGCUAACAAGGAAAGAGAUUUAAAGAGCAUUGGGCAUUUGUCACACUUAUUUCCUGACUGUGUGCAAAGACGAGAUUCAACUUCAAUUUUCCGCCAAGGCUCUGGGUCCAGCCACCUACCUGAAGAUGAGGUCCUCCUAAAAGUUUGGUAAUGAGACGCUUCGUUCCUAAGAGAAGGAAAAGGCUCUCCUUAAAUUUCUCCACCAUCUCUCAUCUCUAACCUCUCAAGACCCACAAAAAGAAACAAUGGGACAAAGGUCUACAAAGAUGAAGACUGUGAUUUUUUUCAUAUUCAUUUUGGGAACUGCAGCUGCAAUCCCGACACAAGCAAGGUUCCUAUCUGAUCACUCCAACCCAACUGCUGAUUCCUUGAGUUCCCUCCAAAAGGCUGAAAUGUUGGUAACAUCUGAGCACACUGCAAUCCCUAUUGUAAGGGCAGAAGAUGCAGAAAAUGAAAGGGAAACUGAAGUAUCCAUAGAAGACCAUCCCACUCAUAAGCCUGAAAAAUCCUCAGUACUAAAGUCAAAGGAGGAAAACCAUGACCAGUCAGCAGAGCAGGACCAGAGUUACAGCCAAAACCUGGGAUUACAGGAUCAAGAGAAAAGCGAAAGUGACUUAAUUGAGAAUUUGGAGUAUACACCAACUGAAGGUGCAUUGGACCUAAAAGAAGAUAUGAGUGAGCCUCAAAAGGAAAAACCCCCAGAGAGUUUCCCUGGUCAUGAUGUUAGCGCCAUCGUAGAUUCUAAUCCACAAGAAAGCAUCACAGAGACAGAAGAGCCUAUAAAUGACUCACAUCCUCAGUUGAACAGGAGCAGCAAACAUAGCCAAGACCUAAGUGUUCCAGGAAACCAAGAGCAGGAUCCAAAUGGAGGAGAGGAAGGUGAAGAAGAGCCAGGUGAAGUGGGUACCCACACUGAUAACCAAGAAGGAGAGAGAGACGGUCCCAAGGAGCAUGCUCACAGCACGCAGGAAGAAGACAGUGCCCAGUCGGAUGACAUUUUGGAGGCGUCCUAUCAGCCAACUCAAGUAAGUGAGAUGCAGAAAGAUGAAUCUGAACAGGGCAGCCAAGAACGAGAAGAGGGAAAUUCCAAUGCAGAAGUGGAAGGGGAAGCUGCAUCAAAAAUCAAUAUGCCCAAUCAAGAUACAGAAUGGCAGGGCCAAGAAGGAAAGCCGGGCCUUGAAGUUAUCCAAGGAGGUAACCAUGAGGAGAUGGACAAGAAGGCUCUUUCUGAGCCUUUGCUGGUGGAGCCUACUGGUGAUGCUAACAUCAUGCCCAGAAAUCACAGGGCUGGUGAUGACGGCGAUGACGGCCCCCGACACAAUGCAAGUGAGGACUACUUCAUCACAAGCGAGGCCUUCCUGGAGAGUGAAAGAGCUCAGUCCAAUUACUAUCACAUCAAAUAUGAGGAGCAAAGAGAAAAAGCACAUGAGAAUGAGAAUGUAGAUACCAGUGAACCUGUGGAAAACCAAGGGGCCAAGAACACAGACAGCUCACGGAAUGAAGAUGACAGUUCAACUGAAGGCAACACGAGGGUGCACAGUGUUGAUUCUUGCAUGAACUUCCAGUGUAAAAGAGGACACGUCUGCAAGGCUGAUCAACAGGGAAAACCCCACUGUGUUUGCCAAGAUCCAGUGACUUGUCCUCCUACAAAACUCCUUGACCAAGUUUGUGGCACUGACAAUCAGACCUAUGCCAGCUCUUGCCAUCUCUUUGCUACUAAGUGCAGACUGGAGGGGACCAAAAAGGGGCACCAACUGCAGCUGGAUUAUUUUGGAGCCUGCAAAUCUAUUCCUGCUUGUACGGACUUUGAAGUGAACCAGUUUCCUCUAAGGAUGAGAGACUGGCUCAAGAAUAUCCUCAUGCAGCUUUAUGAACCUAAUCCUGAACACGCUGGAUAUUUAAAUGAGAAGCAGAGAAAUAAAGUCAAGAAAAUUUACCUGGAUGAAAAGAGACUCCUGGCUGGGGACCACUCCAUUGACCUUCUCUUAAGAGACUUUAAGAAAAACUACCACAUGUAUGUGUAUCCUGUGCACUGGCAGUUUAGUGAACUGGACCAGCAUCCUAGGGACAGAGUCCUGACCCACUCUGAGCUUGCCCCUCUGCGAGCAUCUCUGGUGCCCAUGGAACACUGCAUAACGCGCUUCUUUGAAGAGUGUGACCCCAACAAGGAUAAGCACAUCACCCUGAGGGAGUGGGGCCGCUGCUUUGACAUUAAAGAAGAAGACAUAGAUGAAAAUCUCCUGUUUUAAAUGAAGAUUUGAAACAACUCCAAUUACCCAGCAUCCUCCUUUGUUCUGACUACUUCUGAAGUAUAUGCAGUGUGAUACUUGUAGUUUUAUAUUUAGCAAAAUGUUUGCAUGUUUGAGAAGACAGUGAGAGUAAUUGCUUGAUAACAGUAUACACACCAGGCAUUUAACAUUAACUUUAGAAAUAGAACUUUAAACUUAAAGUCAGUAUAUGCAAAAUAUUGUACACUGUUUGUGAACAGGAGUUUAACUCAUCACUCUCCAUGUCCAUUUAUGAGAUACUUAAGGAUUACAAAACUCGCAAAAAUAAUACAUUCAUUUUGUCCAUAAUAGCAUGUGCACUUCGAAAAACAGAAUAAGGCUCUUUGUUGCUGAUGUUGUUGUUAUUUUCAAUAUCUUAAUAUCCUAAUAAAAAUCCAUAAAAAUC